AAGUGCAAAUCAUAUGAGUUCUAAACAUUCAUACAUGAAUUUAGUUCCAUCUGGGAUAGAAUUUAUGAGUUUGCCGUUUGUGUCUGUCAUAAUACUUGAGUUAGCUAUGAUUUUACGUCAUGACGUCAUCGAACGUUCUGUCUGCUGGACGCAUGGAGUUGGAAAAUUCAAGAUGGCUGCUGAAGCGGAGAAGAUUGUGGCGCAAAAUUUUGUUUAACGCAGCUAAGUUCGCCGUUUCUGAGAACCUGUGGUGCUAGCAAGUUGAAGUCCACGUGGUGCCGCGGACCGCGCAGAUCAGCGAUCUGCUCCCCUGAUAGUGAAAAGUGUGGCAGCACUGCCCCUCAUUUGUUACCGUCUUUGGAUAAAGAGGAAGUUUGAAGUUUGAUUUUGUGCAACACAUUGGAUCAGACGUUCACUGUCCAACAUCCGCUUUUCAGUUAUAUGGCUGAGACUUAUCAACAAAGGAUGACUACCACCCAGAAGUACUUGCUCCGUGUUUAUGUGUCAACGGAUGUAGCCAUGAAGCUAACACUUACACAGCGCCCACAAUCUGUAGAAGAACUGAAGACCAUAAUGAGAAACAAGUUCAGACCAAGACUUGAUGGUGACUUUUCACUUCAUUAUGAGGACCCAGACUUUGAUGGGAUGCUAAGUUGUCUUGUAGACAUUGAUGAACUUCCAGAAAAGGGAACAUUGAAAGUGGUCCGCUCUGAGAGUGAUGACUCUUCAGUGGCCAGCUCAGACACUGAUAUCCUACCUCAUGUGCCAUUGCACCAGCGUCAAAAGCACUGGCCUAGCACUUUUAUUGUGCCUGUAUUUCCUAUGGAUGUUGAGUAUGUGCUUGAAGAAGGAAACAAAGUGUUUAGAGAUUCUGGAAAAACACUGAAAUUAACUAGGAACCAAAAGUCAAAUAUUUUAGACAAAAUGGCUGAAACGAUUUUUAGUUACAAAGCUUAUCCAAAUGACAGAGAGGUGGGCAAAGCAGCUGAGGCUUUAGUUACUGCGCACCCAUGCCUUACAGAGCCUGGAAGUGAAACUGCUUGGUAUGGCUGGAAAAUCCGUUUAAAACACAAGAUGGGUAAUUAUCGAACAAUCAUGUCUCAUUCUGGCUGUGCAGAAGUGUCAAUUAACACAGGCAAAAGAAGCAAAAACAGUCCAGCAAGUGAACACCCCCAUUCCAAUAUCAAGAAACCAAGGAAGUCUGAAGUCAACUUUCUUCCAAACUUUCCCAGAGGCGAGAACCAAAUAUCCCUGGAGCAGACAAGAUUAGAAGUGAUCGAAGAAAUGGAAAAGACAGAACGAAAUCAGCUUCUCAUUGGAAGAGGCAUGCAGACAACAUUUGCACUUAGACGGCAGGAGAUUGUCACUGGAGAUAAAACAAUAAAGGAUCUACUGGCUCGAUGGCCCUUAACAUGGAGUCACAGGUGUUUGCGGAGUUCCAUGGCAUCACCAAUGUGAAUCUCCGCAAUACAUUCUACGCAGAGCUUGAUCGUCAUACAAAAUCACUGGUUGCACUGUACAGGCAGAAGGCUUCUCACACAGGAAAGAUUCCAGAGGCCCUGCAGAGAAUCCUCAGAGAAUAUGAUAUGCAGGAGGAACAGGAUAUAAAUUUGAGGCGCACACUGUCACUUCGUGCGCUUUCAGUCUACUUGAGAGAGGAUGACACAGACUUUUAUAAAAGCUGUAAU